AGAAAGGGAAACGCGUAGAACCAGUGUCUGGUUCAUUCAGCAUCCAGACAGGCAUCGCUAUAUAAGGCAUGCAUUAUGCUUCAAUGAUACUGUUCGUUAAUAAUAGGUAUACAUUAAAAUAGAGAUCAAUCAAUGAUUGAAGUGCGUGAGUCAGCUGGAUAUUGCAAAUCCAAGUCAUUAUGAUGACUCGACAGGAGUAGAUACCUUGCUCACCGAAUGGGACAUUAUCCGUUGCGGUGCAUUGAGAUAUCACAUUAUUUUAUGGAAAUAAUUUGCACCGAAAGUGUGCUAUGAAGAAAACAUCUUUACAGCGAAAGACUGCAUUAUUUCCUUCGUUGUUUCGAUGCGAAGUUGCAGAGAACGUGCUACAUGAUCGACCACUAGAGGGCGCACGAGGCUGUUGGAUGAGGGACUACGUGUUAACAUCCAAUACAGCAGGUGGUAGUAACGCGCCUUUCAAUAUAAUAUACAGCAAUGUCAAGCUUCUCGUAGAAGAAUACAUCCGUUGGUGCGUUGUUGUCCUUAACAUUUUAACGUUAGCGGUUGAUAGCUAAUUUACUACCAAAAUCAAGAUGUGGCAGCCUGAUCCUUUCCAUAAUGAGUUGGUCUUUGUUAUGGAUGAAUUAAUGACGUCGUUGGAGGAUGAAAUUGACAAAUGUAUGGCGGUCUUAGUCUUUUCCACACAAGACAGGACAGACAUUGAUGCAGGGGAGACGGGGGAAUUUGAAAGAGAAUCCAAGUUGGAGGUUAAAGUCCAGUUGACAUGUGUGAUGAAACAGUUCGUGAAACAGACUCUCACCAAAAUCAACCAGUUGAUCUCCAAAUGCACUGAAGCACUGCGUUCAGAGAUUUGCCAGAGUCAAAGUGAGAUGAAAUCUCUGAAAAUUAAGUUAUUGGAGAUGGCUAAUGGUAAGGAAGUACCUGAAAAUACAGUGGAAAGAACCCCACAGACAGAGGAAGAGGAGGAAUGGACGGAAGCACCUUUAUCACCAAAGUUUGCAGAGGAUUUUGAGGUUGACGUGCCAACUCCCAGUGGUGAGGCUGACAACACUACAAAUGUCAAGAAGGAGGCCACGAUCAGAGCUAAAACCAUAGCGAUGGAACAGUCAUUUAUAUCUCUAGCUAAAAUACCUUCCUCCUCACUCAUUGAGUCUAUCAAACAGGUGGCUAUUACAGACAAACAGGCAGCAAGCAGGCCUACAGACAAACAGGCAGCAAGCAGGCCUACAGACAAACAGGCAGCAAGCAGGCCUACAGACAAACAGGCAGCAAGCAGGCCUACAGACAAACAGGCAGCAAGCAGGCCUACAGACAAAAAGGCAGCAAGUAGGUCUACAGACAAUCAGGCCCCAAGUGCAGACCCCCAAACUCCCAGUGGGGACUCUGUGAUGUCCACCAGACCCAGGAGGAAGAAGAGAAUAGAAGCGCAACCCACAGCGGCAGAUUCAGACGGAAGUGAGGAAAACGCUGAUGACCAAUGGGAGGAGGAGAGUGCUAAAGCUGGACAAACCUCGAAUGACGAAUAUGUUCACAACAUAAAGCCAAGGCCCAACAUAAAGAAAAACAAGACUACCACCACCAAGAAAGAGCACCACUGUCUGGAUUGCGGUAAGGUUUUUAAGAAUUCAAGUAAUUUAAAACUGCAUCAACAGACUCACACAGGAGAGAGACCUUAUUGUUGUGAAUUAUGCGGGAAAUGUUUCCCGACUGCUUGGAAGCUCAGAAUACAUCAAGCAGUGGUCCACAGAAGAGAGAAGCCACUUGAGUGUCCAACAUGUGGGAAGUGCUUUGCAACAAAGCAUUAUUUGGACACUCACGCAAGUGUUCAUUCAACAGAGAAACCGUUCCGAUGCCUCGUGUGUCAGAAGUGUUUUAAAAGUAAAAGUGGCCUCAAGGAACACACAAUGUUGCAUAAUUCAAAUUCAGAUUCAUAUGCGUGUGACAAAUGUCCAAAAGCCUUCGUUAAGUUGAAAUACCUCAAAAAUCACCAGCUAACUCACAGUGGAGGAGGAGCUCAUCGUUGUGAAUUGUGUGGGAAAGGUUUCAAGACUCCUUCUGAGCUCAAACGGCACCAAGCAUCAGUCCAUAGGGGAGAGAAGCCAUUCCAAUGUCCCACAUGUGGGAAGUGCUUCGCAGAGAAUAAAAAUUUGAAAAUCCACGCAAGUGUUCAUUCAGAAGAGAGAGCAUUCCAGUGCACUCAGUGUCAGAUGUGUUUCAAAACCAAGUAUACUCUUAACGACCAUAAGAAGACACACACGGACUCCAAGCCGUAUGCUUGCGACAAAUGCCCAAUGACCUUUAUUCGGUCUUAUUACCUCAAGAUUCAUCAAGCUUCGCACCUGACCAGCAAGCCGUUUGCGUGCAGCCACUGUGGGAAAGGCUUCAAAGGUGAACGUGGGCUCAAGAGACAUGAACGCACCCACACCGAAGAUCCAACUUAUACCUGUGACGAAUGUGGCAAGGGUUUCUAUCAACACGAAUCCUAUAAAGUCCAUGCGGCCUUGCACACCGGAGAGAAGCCGUUCACCUGCGAUCACUGCGAUAAAACCUUUGCUCUGGCGUCCUACCUUAAAACCCACAUAGUGAAACUUCACUCUGUCACCGAACCCCACGUCUGUGGGAAAUGUGGCAAGAAAUAUAAGGAUUUCACCCAUUUUAGAAUCCAUAUGUUUCAGGGUUGUCAAGGGGCUGCGGUGUUGGUUUGACUAUAAAAAAUAAUUGUCUAUCAUUGGAAAUUACAAUUUCUCAUCUUUCUAAUGUUGGAGGGGAUCAGAAUGUAUAUUGGAAAUAUAUGGUACAUGGAAAUCAAGAUAUGGUGGUCUCUGGAGGUAGGUGGGAUGGGCUGAGAGUAAUUGAGGGGUGGGAUUAGAAACUCAUAAUCUGUGUAAUAGUUAGGAGUGAAAACACCAUAUCAUGCAUACCGGAAAUGCCUGAGUACCAUUUCAGGUGUAAUGUGUAUAUCAAACUAUUUCUGACAUGUAAUACCUUGUAUAAAAAUACUAUGUCUGAAUAAUGUGCAUGUAACAAAAAUGGAAAACAAAGCAAACCCCCCCCUCUUAAAUUACUCCCCCCUGGUUGGAUGCAGGUUACAGGCACAACCUGUAUCUUUCAUUCUGACAAUGCUUUGUCAUUCAUUGUAAUUUUGAAAUUGUGAAUAAAGUUGUAAUAUGUUCUUAUUUCA